UCUUUAUCAUAUUCCACAAACAAAAAUUUAUCGCCUUGAAAACUUGAACAAGUUACUGUCUUCGUCAUCGAGAAAGUAUGGCAGCUAUCAAAGUCCAUGGAAGCCCCAUGUCAACAGCUACUCGGAGGGUUCUUGCAUGCCUUUACGAGAAAGAACUUGAUUUUCAGUUUGUUCCUAUAAACAUGGCCGCCGGUGAACACAAAUCCGAGAACUUUCUUGCCCUCAACCCGUUUGGUCAACUUCCAGCUUUUGAAGAUGGGGACUUGAAGCUCUUCGAAUCAAGAGCGGUGACCCACUAUCUCGCCCAUGAAUACGCCGACAAAGGGACCCAACUGUUGAUCGCCGGCUCCAACAAGGAGGCGGCCAUCUUAGAUUUGUGGACGGAAGUGGAAGGCCAGCGGUUCAACGCUCCAUCUUCAGCGAUAGGCUGGGAACUGUUUUACAAGCCAUUCUUCGGCAUGGCGACCGACGCUGCAGUUGUGGAAGAAAACGAAGGUCUUCUCGGGAAAGUUCUUGACGUGUACGAGACUCGGUUGACUCAGUCAAAGUACCUGGCAUCCGAUAACUUCACCUUGGCCGAUCUGUAUCAUCUCCCCAACAUUGAAUGCUUGUUGGCGACACCGGCCAAGAAGCUGUUUGAAUCGCGCCCGCAUGUUAGCGCUUGGGUGAAGGAGAUCACUGCUAGGCCGGCGUGGUCCAAGGUCCUGGCUAUGCCGAAACACUGAAAAAUUCUGUAUUCGAAACCGU